AUGGCGGACGCCGCAGCACCCAAGCAGAAGGCUUCCAAGAAGGAGAAGAAGGCUGCCGCUCCCAAGGCCGAAGACUCGGGCCCCUUGGAGAUGCAGCCUCCUCCCUCCUUCCUGCAGGACAGACUCGAUCUCUUCGACCGCCUGAAGGCCAAGCAGGACGAACACGCCGCCAAGCAGCCGCGCGAGCCCAUUAAGAUCACCAUGCCAGACGGCAAGGUCAUCGACGGCACAUCCUGGGAGACCACGCCCGGCGACAUCGCCAAGGGCAUCUCCAACUCCCUCUACAAGCGCACCGUGGUCGCGAGGCUAGAUAAGGACGACGAGAAGCUGUGGGACCUGGACCGCCCGCUGGAGGCGAGCUGCGCCCUCGAGCUCCUCGACUUCGACCACCCCGAGGGCAAGAGAGUCUUCUGGCACAGCUCGGCCCACGUGCUGGGAGAGGCCUGUGAGCGCCGCUUCGGGUGCUCGCUGUGCAUUGGACCCCCUAUCGACACAGGUUUCUACUACGAGAUGGCCCUCCCAGACGGCGCGGCCGUUCAGAACUCGGACUGGAAACCGCUCGAGACAAUCGUGAGCAAGAUCUCCAAGGAGAAGCAGAAGUUUGAGCGUCUGGUCAUGUCAAAGGAGGAGCUCCUGGAGAUGUUCAAAUACAACAAAUACAAGCAACACAUCAUCAAGGACAAGAUUGCCGAUGGAACAUUCACCACUGUAUAUCGAAAUGGACCGCUUAUCGAUCUCUGCCGAGGACCCCAUGUGCCCGACACUGGCAGGAUAGAGGCCUUCUCCAUUCUCAAGAACUCGGCCAGUUACUUCUUGGGCAACCAAGAAAACGACUCUCUCCAGCGUGUCUACGGUGUGAGUUUCCCAGACAAGAAGAAGAUGGCUGAGCACAAGAAAAUGCUUGAGGAGGCCGCCAAGAGAGACCACCGGAAGAUUGGAAGGGACCAAGAGCUGUUCUUCUUCGACGGUGUCAGCCCUGGUUCGGCUUUCUGGCUGCCUCACGGCGCCCGUAUAUUCAACAAGAUUGUCGAGUUCCUCAAGGAGCAGUACUGGAAGAGAGACUACGACGAGGUCAUCACCCCCAACAUGUAUAACGCGGACCUGUGGAAGCAGUCCGGCCACUGGGCGCACUACAAGGACGACAUGUUCAUCCAAAAGGUGGACAAGGAGGAGUUUGGUCUGAAACCAAUGAACUGCCCGGCUCAUUGUCUCAUGUUUGACAACCGCGAGCGCUCACACAGGGAGCUGCCUCUGCGCCUGGCGGAUUUCGGAGUCUUGCACCGCAACGAAGCAUCCGGAGCGCUGUCAGGUCUGACACGUGUGCGGAGAUUCCAACAGGACGACGCCCACAUCUUCUGCCGACAGGACCAGAUCAAGCAGGAAAUGGACGACUGUUUCGACUUCCUGAAAGAAUUCUACGGUUUGCUGGGCAUGGGUUUCAAAUUGAAGCUAUCUACAAGGCCAGAAGGCUACAUGGGCGAGAUCGCCACCUGGGACAUGGCAGAGGCGGCUCUGAAAGAAGCGCUGGACGACUUCACCAAAUCUAUCGGAGCUGAGUGGGAGCUGAACCCCGGCGAUGGUGCCUUCUACGGGCCCAAGAUUGACAUCAAGGUUGUCGACAGCCUGGGCAGAGAAUGGCAGUGUGCCACAGCUCAGCUGGAUUUCGUCCAGCCUGAGAACUUCUCGCUCGAAUACAUGACCGCCGAGGGCGUCAGCGCGACGGCCAAGGCGAAGGAGGAGAAGGACGCCGCCAAGCCAGCUCCGAUCCCAGCGGCCACGGAGGAGAACGCCGACAAGGAAGUCAAGCGGGCGACCAAGAAGCCGCUGAGCCCCGGAUGCGCGCGGCCGGUCAUCAUCCACCGCGCCAUGGCCGGUUCGGUGGAGCGUUUCGCGGCAAUCCUGUGCGAACACUACGGCGGCAAGUGGCCACUGUGGCUGUCGCCGCGGCAGAUCAUGGUGAUCCCCGUGGGCAAGGGCUUCUACGGCUACGCCGAGGAGGUGCGGCGCCUGUUCAAGACGCGCAUGCGCAUGUACGUCGACGUCGACACGAGCGGCGAGACGCUGCCCAAGAAGAUCCGCCGCGCCCAGCUGGCGCAGUACAACUUUGUCUUCGUCGUUGGCGACGAGGAGAUGCGCAACCGCCAGGUCAACAUCCGCUACCGUGACGACACUGACACCCAGUCGCGCGGCACACCCGUGUCGCUGGACGAGGCCGCCGAGAAGAUCGGCAAGCUGAGGGACGAGCGGGCUAUAUACAACCCGUUCCCGGCGGCGAAGGAGCUGCCUGUGCAGACCAAGGAGUAG